CGGAGUAACAACCUGAGAAGACUCUUCUUGUCUUCCAGCUAUCUCAGUCUUGAGCUGGAAAAGCCCUAGAAUUAUAGAGCCCAAAACCACGUUGGGUUUUUCAUAGUUUCAUUAUGUUUUUCCGUAGAUUGAUGAUUGAUUUUCAUAAAUAUAUAAGUUCAGCAAUUUAAAUUUGUUUUUUCUCUGCGAACAAAUGAUCAAACUAUAGAUAUUCUAACGAAAUCUCUCAAUAAGAGAGCUCGGGUUCAUUUUACACACAGAGUUCUGUACUGAUUGUCUGAAGAAUUUUAUUUUUUUGGGAACCCUAAAUUGGUGGGAGUUUAGAGACUAACAAUUGGGAACAAUGCCGCAAGUGAGGAUCGUCGCGAAGAAUUUCAUGGACAUGGUGGCUUCAUUGCCCGCCAUGAAGCUCGACAGUCUCUAUGAUAACCCCUUCAUCUGUGAAGCUAUUCUCAGAUCACUGCCUCCAUUGGCAAAGAAGUACGUACUGCAACUGCUAUACAUAGAUUCGCCAAUCGCUGCCAAGUCUAUUGAGGAAUGGGUACUUGCAGAUGGAUCCACUAAGCACAAAGUAGCCAUUGAUAGACUAAUACAGUUGAGACUAUUGAGUGAAACUUUUGACAGGAAAAAGGAUAGUUCUUAUCAAUUAAAUCCAAAGUUCCAAUACAAUCUUCGAAAGCACAUAGUCCAUGGUGGAAUUUUACCAAGAGAACCAAUGCCUUCAAAUAUCACCGUGAGGCUUCCUAAGUUGGAGGAGUUAGAUGCCUAUGCCUCAGAACAGUGGGAGUGCUUCCUGCUGCACCUUAUAAGCUCCAGUGAAGCUGGCAAGACAAUAAACAUAAGGCCUUCUAUGAUGAAAGUUUUCCAGCGUGGUCUUAUGAGUCAAAGAGAUGACAAAGAGCCACCAAAGUUGACUGAAAGUGGAUUUCAGUUUUUGCUGAUGGAUACUAAUGCACAGCUUUGGUAUAUCAUCAGGGAGUACAUAACCAAUGCAGAGGAGAGUGGCGUGGAUUCUGCAGAUCUUAUUGCAUUUCUUUUGGAGCUCAGCUUCCAUGUUGCAGGGGAGGCAUACAACACAAACACAUUAACUGAGGUCCAGCGAAGUAUAAUUAGGGACCUUGGAGAUCUGGGGCUGGUCAAGCUACAGCAGGGACGGAAAGAGAGUUGGUUUAUACCUACCAAAUUAGCUACCAACCUCUCAAUUAGCUUGGCAGAUACAUCAUCAAGGAAACAGGGAUUUGUUGUUGUGGAAACAAACUUCAGGAUGUAUGCGUAUUCCUCAUCAAAAUUACAUUGUGAGAUCCUGCGCCUUUUUGCUAGAGUGGAGUACCAGCUUCCAAAUCUCAUUGUUGGUGCUAUUUCAAAAGAAAGCUUGUACAAAGCUUUUCAAAACGGCAUAAGUUCUGAGCAGAUAGUUUCUUUCCUUCAGCAGAACGCACAUCCAAGGGUUGCUGAGAGAAUACCAGCCGUUCCAGAAAACGUCACUGACCAGAUUAGGUUGUGGGAAUCCGACCUGAACAGGGUUGAAAUGAUGCCAGCCCAUCUUUACGAGGAAUUCCCCUCCAGAGACGCCUUCGAGGCUGCUUGCGAUUUUGCACGAGAAUAUGGAGGAUUACUGUGGGAGGACUCUAAGCGAAUGCGAAUCGUGGUGAAGGCAGAAAUUCUUGCUAACAUGAAAGAGUUCCUUCGUCGAAAGCAAUAAUCAGUUGUGUCUUCCCUCAAUAUUUAUGAGAGUUUAAGGUUAGAUUGUUUCUUUGUGCAAUGUUUUGUUCUAGUUGAAGUAUGUGAGAAUUUUGACAGUCUACAUACGACAUAACAUAAUAUAUAUAUACAUAUAUGUCAUAACCAUGUAUACAUAUCAUUUGAUAGUGAAAAAUUAGUUACAUAGCAAACACAACUAAGUUAUGAACUA